AUGGGCCGUGUCAUGCCAGAAGCCGUUCAAGACACACGAUACUUCAGCCCACUCGGCAGUGGAUUUGGAUCUGAGUCUUGGAACUUUGGAAGUCGUGCCGUGCCAAGAGUGGCAGAAGUUGGCGCCAUUCCACUACGAGGAUUGAGUUCUGCUGGUGUUGCACGCAAAGGGCCAAUGGCUUUAUCCGUACAAUUGAGAUUCAUAGAGUCUUGCGUUGCUUUCUUUCCAAAGGGAGUCAAGGUGAAAUCGCUAAUAAGAUUGAUGAUUUUGAUGAUCCUUGGCGGUAUCUCGCUGGCUGGCCCUGAGUCGCGCGCAGUUGUGCAGGGUGCAGCGGGCGCCGCUUGUAUCCGUACUGGCGAGAUAGAGAACAGAGUUCGAGCCUCUGGCAACUGGUUCUGGGCGUCUCCAUUCUCCAGCGUUCAAAAGCUGCCAUCCAACUGGGAAAGGUGA